CAGGUAUAUGUCUCAAGGAAAACACGCAGAAGCAAGAGAACUAAUGUAUUCAGGGGCUUUGCUGUUCUUCAGUCAUAACCAGCAAAACAGUGCUGCUGAUCUGUCCAUGCUGGUGUUGGAGUCUUUGGAGAAAUCGGAUGCAAAAGUAGCAGAUGACCUUUUAGAACACUUGGCAAAAUUGUUUAGUUUAAUGGAUCCAAAUUCUCCUGAAAGAGUGGCUUUUGUAUCCAGAGCACUAAAAUGGUCUAGCGGGGGAUCAGGAAAACUUGGACAUCCCAAACUACACCAGUUACUAGCAAUUACUCUGUGGAAAGAGCAAAACUAUAGUGAAUCUCGGUAUCACUUCUUGCACUCCACAGAUGGUGAAGGAUGUGCAAAUAUGCUAGUAGAAUACUCCUCGUCCAGGGGAUAUCGCAGUGAGGUGGACAUGUUUGUAGCACAGGCGGUACUACAAUUUCUCUGCUUAAAAAAUAAGACCAGCGCUUCAGUUGUUUUUACAACAUACACACAGAAACAUCCUUCAAUAGAAAAGGGUCCGCCCUUUGUUCAACCACUGCUAAACUUCAUCUGGUUUCUGCUAUUGGCAGUUGAUGGGGGAAAACUAACAGUAUUUACAGUAUUGUGUGAACAGUAUCAACCUUCACUGAAAAGAGAUCCCAUGUAUAAUGAGUACCUAGAUAGAAUAGGACAGCUUUUCUUUGGUGUUCCGCCCAAGCAGACAUCAUCCUAUGGAGGAUUACUAGGAAAUCUUUUAAACAGUCUGAUGGGAACUGGAGAAGAGGAUGACACAGAAGAUGGUCAGGAAGAUAGCAGUCCCAUUGAGCUUGACUGAAUGUUGUUGCCAUUGGGUGCCGUGUAAAUCUGAUGUUUCGAUGACUCCAAAGACAGUUUUGGAAUUUGAAUCCUGCAGUUGUUUCUUGGCACCUAAAAGGGCUCCUCCGGUCUUUUAGAAAUGGUUGCUGAAAUGUUUAUAAUGUUUGGUCUAUAUUAUUUAUGUAAAAAAAGAAAGAAACCAACAAAAAGUAGACAAAUGAACCAAUUGGAGCAAUUGUUAGCAGGUUUCCGAUACAGAGGCUGGUGACUUUGAUUAAAAUAUAGUCUUCUACGGUUUCUGAUGCAGUAUUCCCUUUUGCACAGUAAUUCAAUAAAGCAUAAAUAUGGGUCUUGUACAUCACGGCCUGCCCCAUACCAUGUUUGUUACAAGAAAGCCUCCUUGACCUCUGCCACCUCCAAGGAAGAACUCCAAAGGCAGAGCGAUCAGUUGAAUAAUUUAUUUGCGAGGCUGGUGCCAAAAGUACUGCGAGACGAGCCAAGUG